AUUAACUUGUAACAAAGCUGAACAUGACGUGUAGUUUAUGCAACUGAACUGAAAGAAAGAAAAAACUAUGCCCCACAUGUCUUUUUGCACACUGAAGUGUUAACAAGCGUCAACCGUUAACAACUGAAAAGAUAAUACUACAUUUCCCAGAGUUCAUUUAGGCCCACUGAAUCCGCCAUAUUGAGCUCGGCAGAACGCGCUGGCAGGGAGAGAGUGUUCAUAACAUUGAGAUAGGUGAAGGACACACAGUGUAUAAAGAUGACACAAACGGUCCAGACGAAUGGGAUUCAACCCCUCAGUAAAACCUGGGAGCUUAGUCUCUAUGAAUUACAGAGAACCCCACAGGAGGCCAUCACGGAUGGUCUGGAGAUCGCCGUGUCCCCACGCAGCUUGCACAGUGAGCUCAUGUGUCCUAUCUGCCUGGACAUGCUGAAGAACACCAUGACCACCAAGGAGUGCCUGCACCGCUUCUGUGCCGACUGCAUCAUCACUGCGCUCAGAUCGGGGAAUAAGGAGUGUCCAACAUGCAGGAAGAAGCUGGUGUCUAAGCGCUCCCUCCGUCCAGACCCCAACUUUGACGCCCUGAUCAGUAAGAUCUACCCCAGCAGAGAUGAGUAUGAAGCCCAUCAGGAGAGAGUGUUGGCCCGCAUCAGCAAGCACAACAACCAGCAGGCGCUCAGCCACAGUAUUGAGGAGGGCCUAAAAAUCCAGGCCAUGAACAGACUGCAGCGGGGGAAGAAGCACCAGAUUGAAAAUGGCAGCGGGGCAGAGGACAAUGGGGACAGUUCACACUGCAGCAAUGCAUCAGUUCACAGUAACCAAGAGGCCGGACCCAGCAUCAAACGAACCAAAACCUCAGACGAUUCUGGACUGGACAUGGACAAUGCCACAGAGAACGGAGGAGGAGACAUGGCAAUGGACGGGGCCAGCGAGAUUGAGCUGGUGUUCCGCCCUCACCCGACGCUAAUGGAGAAAGAAGACGCCACGCAGACAAGGUACAUUAAGACUUCGGGGAACGCCACAGUGGACCACCUCUCCAAAUACUUGGCUGUCAGACUGGCUUUGGAGGAAAUGCGCAAAAACGGAGAGGCAAGUCCCAUCAACGUAGAGGCAGCCAGCGAAAAACAGUACACCAUCUACAUCCCUACCGCAAACAACCAGUUCACGGUCCUGAAUGGCUCUUUCUCUCUAGAGCUGGUGAGCGAGAAGUACUGGAAAGUCAACAAGCCCAUGGAGUUGUACUUUGCUCCAACGAAGGAGCACAAAUAAAUCCAGUGAGCCUGACCCAGGACAGAAUGUGAAGGUUCAUCCUCUCUUCUCUCUCCCUGUUUCUUUGUCUUUCUCUCACUGUUCCUCCUCAUUUGGAGUAUACUAGUCUCUGGAGCCCCAGCUCCUCAAUAACUGUGGCUGCUUUGAUUUGAAUUUUUUUAUUGUC